AUGCAAUCUUCAUCUUCCCCCCCUCUAGAGGAUCAUCCCAUGGAGGAUGUUACCAAUCCUCCUGGUUCUCUGGUUCCUGUGAGUAAUUCUUCUUCAGGAAAUCAAUUUGUUUUUCCUUCUGGAUCCACAGAUCCUAAAGCUUCUUGGUCUUCGUUAUUUGAUAGAAAGAAGGAAUCAAUUACCUCAGCUGAUAUGGAAUUUUUUUCUUAUCCUAUUAUUGAUGGUAAGAAAUCUAUGGAUAUACCUUAUGAGGUUUUUGAUGAGGAUAUUCGACAAUGUGAAGAUAAAGUAGUUGGUGCUUUUGUGGGUAGCAGAUUAAAUUUUAAUUGGGUUAAAAGUGUUGUCAAUCGAGCUUGGAAACCGAAAGCUAAACCAGUUCAGAAAAUAGUACAGAAAUGGGUUCCAAAAAAGAUUGUUAUGAACAAAGAUGAGGAAGGUUGGAUUACUAAAUCAAAGAAUGGAGAUAAACCUCAUAAAGAGGUUACUGCAGCUCUAAAUAAUCCUUCACCUAUUUAUAUUGAUAUUGAACCUGCAGUUACUGCUCAACCAGCUUUUAUUGCACCUCAGGAAAAUGCUUCAAGUAAUUCCUUGAAUAAUACUCAAAAGGCUCUCUCUGGAAAUAAUAAGGAAAAUUUUCAAGCAGUUUUGAAGGCAACUCAGUUGAAGAUUAAUGAACCUGAUUCUUCUAUUGCUGGGUCUAGAGCUCAUUUUAAAAAGAGGUACAUGAUUUCUCCUCAAGCUAUUAACCUUUUUCCCAAGAUUGCAGACUUGAAGAGGUCUGCUAGAGACAAUGAUAGUACUCAUAGUUCUGGUAGAAUUUGGGUUGCUUGGGACCCUGGAGUGGUCCAAGUCAGUGUGUUGAGUUCUUCUCCUCAAGACAUUUUUCUAGAUGUGUCUUUCUCUUCUAUGAUAAAUUUUGUUGUCACCUUCAUCUAUGAGGACAAUUAUUAUAUUACUAGGAACCUUUUAUGGGAUUCUAUCACUGAUUUUGCCUCUUUCAAUCAUAGACCUUGGGUCUUAUUAGGUGAUUUUAAUUCCUUAUUGGUUCCAUCUGACAAAGUGGGUGGUGCUUCUGUCCUUCCCCAUCAUUAUCUAGGUUCAGGGUUCAAAAUUAUGGAUCUUCAGUUUUCUGGCUGUUUUUACACUUGGUCUAAUUUUCAACAAGAUGGUACAAUGAUUAGACCAAAAUUGGAUAGAGUGAUGGUUAAUGUGGAAUGGAUUCAACAGUUCCAAAUUUCUAAAGCCGAAUUCUUACUUCCAGAAAAAGAUUUUAUGGAAGUGGUUAAGAGAGGGUGGAACAUUGUGGUUAGAGGUAAUCCUAUGAUAAGUUUAGUCACUAAAAUGAAGAAUGUGAAGCUAGAAAUUAUUAAAUGGAAAAAUUCUAGGUUCAAAAAUAUGUCUAAACAAGUUUUACAAGAUAAAGAAAGAAUGGAUUCUACUCAAUUACUUCUUCAAUCUCAUCCUUUAGAUCAUGAGUUGGCCAGAAGGGAAAGAUCUUAUGUAGCUGAAUAUGUUAAAUUAGCAAAAUAUGAAGAAUCUGCUGCUAAACAACAAUCCAGAAUUAAAUGGUUGGAUCUGGUAGAUUCAAAUACCUCUUUUUUUCAUAAUUCUACUAAAGAGAGAAGAUCAAGAAAUAAUAUCUUAAAUUUGUAUAAUAAUGAGAAUGUUAAACUUGUUGAUGAUCUGGAUAUUGAAAAGGAAUGUAUCAAUUAUUAUUCUGACCUUUUUUGCAGCAAUUUACCUGAGGAGAGUUCUAAUACUUCUUUGUGCAAUCUUAGCUUCAAUGCUUGUAUUCAGCGGGAUGAUGUUGGUGAGCUAAUUAAGCUUGUUACCAGAGAAGAAAUAGUGGCUUCUUUACAUUCUAUUGGAUAUAGCAAGGCUCCAGGACCUGAUGGGUUUUCUAGUCAUUUCUUCAAGUCUUGUUGGCCUUUGGUGGGAUAUGAUUUGGUUGUUGUAGUCCAAAAUUUCUUUCAUAAGUCAAAGCUUCUUAAAGAAGUUAAUUGUACUUUUAUCACUCUUAUAGCAAAGAAGAAGAAUCCUUCAUGUGUUUCUGAUUAUAGACCAAUAUCAUGCUGCAAUGUUACUUAUAAGUGCAUUACUAAAAUUAUCUCUCUUAGAGUGAAGAAAAUUUUGGGAGGUCUCAUCAUCCAGAAUCAAUCUGCUUUUAUCUCUGGAAUAUCUAAACAAGACAACAUCAUGGUGGCUCAUGAGUUGGUGAGGAAUUAUCACAGAUCAAAAGGUACUCCUAGAUGCUCUUUGAAAAUAGAUUUAAGGAAAGCUUAUGACACUGUUAAGUGGGAUGCUAUUUUUUACAUGCCUAAAAACCUAGGAUUUCCUGAUACUUUCAUUAAAUGGAUAUCUAUGUGUAGUACAACUGCUAAAUUCUCAGUUUUAAUCAAUGGGUCCCCUUAUGGGUUUUUUGGAGAAAAGAGAGGUUUAAGACAGGGCUGCCCAAUCUCUUCUUACUUAUUUUUUCAAGCUAUGGAAAUGCUUAGUGCUACACUUCUCAAACAGAAAGCUUCUCUCUACUAUUCAGCUAUAGAUGAGCCUAUUAAGCAACAUAGUGUUCAAAUCCUAGAGUGCUCAGUUGGAGAACUGCCUGUCAAAUAUUUCGGGCCUGAGUUGAAGAAAAGUUAUAAUCCUAUUAAGUGGAGCUUUGCUUGUCAUUCUUAUGAAGAAGGUGGACUCGGCAUUAAAGACCUAGAAAAUACCAAUGUGGCUGCUAUUCUCAGACAUAUAUGGGAUUUAGUUUCUGGUAAAGAAACUAUUUGGACUUCUUGGGUUAAAAGCAACCUUAUUAAAGAUAAAGAUUUCUCGACCAUGAAGGUCCCUCAAGAUACUUCUUGUUUCUUACAUGAGAACUGGCGUUCUAAUGGAGCUCUUAUAAACUGGAUAGCACCUCAUAUUUUGGAUACUCUUGGAGCAAAUGAUAAUUCUAAAGUGGCUGAUUUUAUAUCUCCUGAAGGCUGGAACUUUCCUGAUUAUAUGGAAGAUGAUGUCCAAGAGAUAGUGAAGGAAAUUUCUUUCACAAAGUUUAACUUACAAGAAACUGAUCAAAUCUUCUGGAAAUCUGGAGUUACUGGUAAGUUCUCUAUGAAACAUACUUAUAUGAAUGCUGAAGAAACUGAAGACCAUUUAUUUCAUGAGUGCAUUUUCUCUUCUGCAAUUUGGAAAGGCCUUCUUUUAAAGAUAGGGAUAAGUAAGGAACUGGAGAGCACUUGGGAUGAAGAAAUCAUUUGGUGUGUUCAAGCUCUUACAGGCACUAGUAACGUUACUCUGAUUAAGAAACUAGUCCUAAAUAAUUUUGUUUACCAUAUUUGGAGAGAGCGCAACAAUAGAAUAUUUAGAGCUCAAAAUGGUUCUCAGGACCAAGUUAGCUUGCUCAUUAUUAAAGAUGUCAGAUUCAAGAUGCUUGCCACCCCUCUCAAGGAGAAUGAUAACCUUAAUGCUAGAGUGUUUAUGAGAAGAUGGAGUAUUGAUUAUGCUUUUGUUCUUCCAGAGAUCAUUUUUUGUACCUGGAUGUAUCCCCAGUUUGAUGAAGUGAUGAUAAACACAAAUGGCUCAAAAACUAAUUCUGCAGGAGGUUUUGGAGCCAUAAUCAGAGAUCAUGAAGCUGGCGUGAUAGGAGCUGUCAGUGGAGAAGGGCCAGUUAUUUCUGUGUUUGCACAUGAACUUCAGGGAGUUGAAUUGGGUCUAACUUUGGCUCUGCAGAAACAUUGUUUUCAUGUUCACUUAGGAAUUGAUUCCAUGGUUGUCUACAACUUGCUAACUUGUAAUGAUCUUGAGCCACCAUGGACUGUGCUUCAAAUUUGGAGGAGAAUUCUGGAGUUGAAUAAGAAGUUUGCUAGAUGGAGAGUUACAUUCUGCUACAAAGAAACUAAUAAAGAUACUGAUCUUUUAGUUGGGCUAUAUUUGAGAAGACCUUGGGCUGAAAUUCGUCAUGAGGAGUUCACUGCCGACUUUAGAGAAAUUUUGGCUACAGAUAAGGCACAACAGGUUUAUCAUAGGAGGAAGAAGAAGAGAAGUUAG